GCAGCUGCUGCAGGUGGACCCAUCAUGUGGACACUUACGGCCCUCCUGCUUCUGGUACCAAGCAGUGGGCAAGCUGCUACUCUGGAGAAGCCCAUCCUGUCUCUGCACCCACCUUGGACCACAAUCUUCAAGGGGGAGCGGGUCACCUUGAGAUGUGAUGGAUACCACCCUCUGCUCCUGGAGCUCCGGCCCAUUAGCACUCUUUGGUAUUUGGGUCAUCUCCUCCUGCCCUCCCACAAGAAGAGCAUUGAGGUGCAGACACCAGGGGUAUAUAGAUGCCAGACACGGGGGGCACCCGUCAGUGACCCCAUCCACCUCUCUGUAUCUAAUGACUGGCUGAUCCUGCAGGUGCCCUACGCUGCAGUGUUCGAAGGAGAACCACUGGUCAUGCGCUGCCGGGGCUGGUACGACAAGAUCGUCUACAAACUUCACUAUUAUCUCGAUGGCCAGGCGGUGCGCUACUUUCAUUCUAGCACCAACUACACGGUGUUGCAGGCACGUGCCAGCGACAGCGGGCGCUACCAGUGCUCUGGCACCAUGAGGAUCCCGGUGGAGAGCGCGCCCAUGUUCUCCACCAAGGUGGCUGUGACCGUGCAAGAGCUGUUCCAGACGCCGGCACUUAAAGUGAUGAGCCCACAGGAGGCCCGCGGCGGCGUGGUCCUGCGCUGCGAGACACGGCUGCACCCGCAAAAGCGUGACACGCCGCUGCAGUUCGCUUUCUACAAGUACAGCCGCCCGGUGCGCCGCUUCGACUGGGGCUCUGAAUACACAGUCCCGGAGCCGGAGGUGGACGAGCUCGAAUCGUAUUGGUGCGAGGCGGCUACCGCCACCCGCAGUGUCCGGAAACGCAGUCCCUGGCUGCAGCUCCCGGGGCGGGGCUCUGCCCUGGAUCUGCAGUCCACCAUCGCGUCCGCCCCACAGGCUGCAGCCUUGGCGCCCGGCAACAAGCCGCUUUCCUUCCGAAAGCCCCCGGUGUCCAGAUCCGUCCCAUCGGUCACUUCCGUCCCGAACAUCACCUCUGCAGAGCUGCAGCUCCCAGAUGGCGAGGUCCCCACUGCUCGGCCGCACGCCUGCGCGCCUCCGCCCGCGCCCUUGGAACGGUCCAAAGGAGAUCUGCAGCCCAAGGUGGACCUUCUGCUUCGAGAAAUGCAGCUGCUGAAGGGCAUUCUGAGCCGAGCGGUCCCAGAAUUAAAGGACUCACAGGCCCUCCCGGAGCUCAGAAAGACCUCUAACGCCCCCACCUCUCACGUUCCUGUGAAUCCUGAGACCCCAGAGACCGCUGUUAUGGAGAGCUGAGUGGGCAGGGAGUGUCCUCUCCCAGGCUGAUUCCUUCAGGGUCUCCUGCUUGAGCGAAUCUUUCAGAGCCUUGUCUGCUUGUGCCCCCUAGUAUUGCUGUGGUUUAAAGAAACGUCAUUGAAGUGCCCUAGUGUGGUUUUCGACAUUACAGUCUGUAACCAGUUUUGAUCUUACACUGUAACUUGUAGCUUAUUCUUUCACAGAAUUCAGUACGGAACUAGAAACCUGUUAUUUACUGCUUUGCGUUUAUGUUUGGAAGGGAAUGGAGUCAUUUCUAGCGCUUCAUAUAAAUCUAGCUGGCACACAUUUCAAUGUAGGUAAUUUUUUGGCAAUUAAGGUUAUUGAGGCCAAUGAGCACUUUAGAACAUUUAAGA